CCCAAGGCUGGCCUCCCCCCGCUGCAUGCCCCCAUGCCCUGACUGGCUGCAGGAGGUGCCCAGCAGAAUGCCCUGGGCCGCUCGGGCUCAGGGGGUGGUGAGCUUCACCGGCACGGCCCUACCAUGCGUCCGCCAGCUGCCCCAUGCAGCAUCGCUGGCCCUCAAACGCCGCCUGGAGCAGGAGGAGCCGCAGCCUGGCCCCAAGCAGUUCCUGUCGGAGGAGAAGAUGGCUGCUCGCUUCAACUCCCUGAGCCUGGAGAACGACCACCUCUACAGCGCCAACGGCUUCCCCGCCCAGGGCCCGGCUGCCAGCCCCCCCUGGGAGCCCUGGCUGCAGGAGCAGAGGCUGCCCCUGGCUGCAGGAAGUGAGGACGCCAGCACGGCGGAGUCCGAGGAGAGCGGCGUGGUGCUGGAGGGGGAGUUCAGCAUGGCCGACUGCACCCUGCUCAGCCUGGGGGAGCCGGGCCCCCCCAGGGACAGCCUCCUGGCCCCCCAGCUCCUGCACUGCCUGAACCCCUCGACGGAGCUGGUGCUGUGGGCGCCCCCAGGCAGCCGGGUGCCCUACUCCAUCCACACCCUCCUGCUGCCCUCCGGGGCACUAGCCGCCCCCCUGCUGCCUCCCCUGUGCCGGGGGCAGCCCCAGGAGAUGGAGCUCUGAGACCAGGGCUGUCCCCCUCCCAGCUGGAGAGACUGGGGCUGGACAGACUGACAGGGCCUGGACACACUGCAGCAGGGCCCCGCUGCACCAGACAAGCCGAACGGACG